CAGCUCAUAUACCACUUCCCCUCCCUCCUUCAUUGCUCUCUGUAUUAGUCCCUUGUAAAAUCAUUUUCUCUUCUUAGUUACCGUUUAGUUGUUGCCAGCAAGUGCCGUUCAAUCAAAAUCGAGCAUGAAAAACGUGGUGGUUCUUUUUGUGUUUGGUGCCAUUUUGCCAUUUUCACUGGGUCAAUCUAGGCCAACAGUGAGCAUAAAGAAGCAAUUUUUACCUGUAUAUUUGGGGGACACCAUAGUACUCACCUGCUCAGGAGGAGGCAGCGUCAAAUGGUAUUUCGAUGGUACUGUAAUCCCAGAUCAAAUGCAACAAAACUAUAUCGUCAUCAUAAACUCUAUUAGUGCACAAGGCCGAUAUGUGUGUGAGAGGAAUGGAAUGAAGAGUGAAGCAUUUCAGCUCAAAGUUGAAGACGCCUUUCCUCCAGAGAUCCUAGUCAUUCAGUCUGGAGAUUCAGUGGUCUAUAAAGAUGACUCUGUUCAUCUAGCCCUUUAUGUGGACAACGACUGGCAGAAUUGGAUGUGUUAUGUGUAUAAAAACCAGAGCCUUUACCGUGUUAUGAUAAAAGAUUACCCAAAAACUGGCCCUUUGGAGUUCAUGACGUCCUCUGUGGAGAAGACCUCAGAACCAUAUAUUUAUUGGUGUAAAAAUAAGAUCACAAACACGAGAAGCAGCACUGUUGUACUCUCAGUAACCGAUCUAAUGGUAAAACUUGUACCUCACCCUGAUCUGCCAGAACUGAGAAAAGAUUUAGAACUGGAAUGUGUGACACAUGGUGCACCAAAGAUAAGUAGUGUCACUUUUUAUAAAGGCAGUGAUACAAUACUGACUCAAAGUGAAGUGAAAUAUACAAUUAAAAAUAUGGCAAAGACCGACGAAGGAAACUACAAAUGUGAAGCUACCUACAUGUUCCAAGCGAGUACCAGCAAUAACAAGUUCACUGUCAAAUCUGUGCCUCAGGAAGUCGUUGGCAUAGAAGUAACUCUAGAGGCAGCCAUGUCAUAUACGUCAGGGAAUCCUGUGUGCACUUGCAGCAAAUGCAGAUCUGGCGGCAAGUCUGAAUUCUAUGAGAUUGUAAAUGGUCACUAUAAAAAAGUUAACAGCGGAUACCAAUACCACCUACCCCAGGGGAAGUACGCCUGUAGAGUUCGCUGGGAUACCGGAGCCUCCUCAUUCAGUCUGCCAUUGUCUGUUGCAGUGUCAGGAAAUGAAGUUCCUUCCAAUACAGGUGUAAUCGUGGGGGUCUUGGUGUUCAUCUUCAUUGUAAUGGGGCUCAUCUUGAUCAUGGGAUAUUUCUGCAGGAACAGAAGAAACAAGCAAAAGCCCGAGGCAUUGUACCAGGAAGUGGCACUAGAUGCUGUGAAAUCCGACAAGGGGGAAGGAGGUUAUGAGGAGCUCAAGGGAGGAAAAAGAGGAGAGAGGAGUGGAGAGUACGACACACUGAAGGGGCCAGAUGCAGACAAAGUCACAACAGCGGACGUCUCAGACACUGGAGAGCAGGGUCGCUAUGAGGCCCUGAAGGUUUCGCAAGAUGAUUCGAAGAAAAAUGAGUAUGAAACUCUUAAAGGGAAAGAAGGCAAGGGGGCAGAAGGGGGAUAUGAGGCCCUGAAGACAUCUAAGGCAGAGGAAGCUGCAGGAGUGUACCACACCCUGGGCCCAGCAGGAGAACAAGGCGCAGGAUAUGAGGCACUGAAGCUGUCCAAGGCAGAGAGGAAGGAAGGGGAGUAUCAGACUGUUCAGCCAGGAGGAAAUUAAAUGGGGGCCUGCGCUCAAUGGAGUGAAAAUAAUCAUUGUCUAACAGGUGGUCUGUCACCAGUGGUUUACAUGGAAAGUUGCAUUUGCACGUCUGCGGUGCGUGAAUCCAGUGUGUGUGACACAAACACAUGAAUAACAGUGUGUAAGUGUUAAAGGAAAGAUGUCGCUAUUGAGGAAGGAGCCAAUCGUGUGAUCAUAUGUUUCUUUCUUUUUUUCAUUAAACUUCCACAUGUACAUUUAACUAUACAAUUACAAGCAUCAUAUGAAGUGUAUUUCUGCUUUGAUAUUGCAUUUUAAUCAUAACUCCAUUUUAAUGGGGAAUUCAAUACAUUUUGAUGAGUUCAGAACCAUAUAAACUUUCUAAAAGAUGCCAUAUUUAACCAGUUUAUAGACAUUACGAAGACUUUGUUUUUUCUGUUACCUGUCAUUAAGCAGCUAAUUGAGUAUGUUUGUGAAUUAAAAUAUGAUAUAUAAAAAUCGUUUUUUAUGGAUAUAAUGAAAUUGUUUAUUAAAAAAUAUAUAAAAUUCA